CCGUCGCUCGUGCUCCACACGAACGUAAACAUGGGCGACCGGAAGACGGAGUUCAUGAAGGCGGCGUCGAGAGCCAUCGCGGAGUCGCUCUCCAAGCCGGAGUCCUUCGUCGCGGUGUGCGUGCUCGAUAACCAGUCCCUCAUCUGGGGCGGGGAAGAGACCAACUGCGCGCUCGCGAACGUCGCGAGCCUCGGGAGCAUCAACAAGGCGAACAACACCGCGCUGAGCGGCGCGCUCGCGGCGCUGUUGAGCGACUUCGACGUCCCAUCCGACAGGGUGUACGUAAACUUUUGGGACAUCGGCGCGAGAGAAAAUUGCGGGUACAACGGCGUGACGUUCGCG